AGAACUACCAGAAAGUACCUAACUAUUCAAUCUCUCUCCUCUCAAAUCCACACUUCCUCCAUCUUCAAUCUCUGCUUUCAUCACCGUUGCAAUUUCUCUCCGCAUUUUUCCUAAUUCGCUGAAAUUUGUAGCUAAACAGCUCUUCAGAUUCCAACAAUUUCAUCACUUCCGUCAUCCACUGCUCUUGACCAAAUUCCUUUUUGUUCUCGCUUCUGCUGCUGAAGUCACCUGAGCUGUUGCAGGAUUAAUAAUUAAAAUUUUCGAUCAAUUCCGAUAAUUCUCAUUUUCGCCCCGAUCGUCGCAAAUUAUGGAGUCGAGGAGUAAUAGUAGAGGCCAACUCCAAAGAGCUGUUUGCUAUUCAAACUCUGGGAGGAAGUCGAUGCCAUCCGUUAUUGUUAUAGGUUCCGGUGUUGCCGGCAUUGCAGCUGCACGAGCUCUCCAUGAUGCGGAAUUUGAGGUUGUCGUGCUUGAAUCGCGUGAUAGAAUAGGUGGGAGAGUGCACACUGACUAUUCUUUUGGUUUCCCACUUGACUUGGGUGCUUCAUGGUUACAUGGUGUUUGCAAGGAAAAUCCGUUGGCCCCUGUUAUAGGACGACUGGGUUUGCCACUUUAUCGUACUAGUGGGGAUAACUCUGUUUUGUAUGAUCAUGAUUUAGAGAGUUACGCACUUUUUGACAUGGAUGGGGAGCAAAUUUCCCCGGAUCUUGUGUCGAAAGUUGGUGAAGCAUUUGAGAGCAUCUUGAAAGAGACGGAACUCAUAAGACAGGAAUUCAGUGAGGACAUGUCCAUAAAGCACGCCAUCUCAAUUGCUUUCGACAGGAGACCAGAUUUAAGGUUGGAGGGGCUUGGUCAUAAAGUUUUGCAGUGGUACCUAUGCAGAAUGGAAGGCUGGUUUUCUGCAGAUUCUGAUACCAUAUCACUUAGAAGCUGGGAUCAGGAAGUGUUACUCCCCGGUGGCCACGGGCUAAUGGUGCGAGGAUAUCGUCCUGUUAUUAAUACUCUUGCCAAAGGUCUCGACAUUCGCUUGGGCCACAGAGUGAUCAAAGUCGUGAGGCGUUACAACGGAGUAAAGGUGACUGUAGAAGAUGGGAGGACCUUUGUAGCGGAUGCUGCUGUUGUCACUAUUCCUCUUGGUGUUCUGAAAUCGAAUUGCAUCAGUUUUGAGCCGAGACUACCUGAAUGGAAGGAAGCAGCCAUCAACGACCUAGGAAUCGGGAUCGAGAACAAGAUCAUCUUGCACUUUGAGAAGGUGUUUUGGCCUAAUGUAGAGUUCUUGGGCGUUGUUGCUGAGACCUCGUACGAGUGCAGUUAUUUUCUCAAUCUGCACAAGGCCACAGGCCGUGCAGUGCUUGUUUACAUGCCCGCAGGCCAGCUUGCCCGUGAGAUUGAGAAAAUGUCCGACGAGGAAGCUGCAAAGUUUGCCUUCGCACAACUCCAGAAGAUCCUUCCAACUGCUGAUGCACCGAUACAGUACCUUGUUUCUCAUUGGGGAUCCGACAGGAACACGCUGGGAUCCUACAGCUACGACAGAGUCGGGAAAUCCCACGAGCUCUACGAGCGGCUGAGGAUCCCUGUCGACAACCUAUUCUUCGCUGGUGAAGCAACGAGCAUAGACUAUCCGGGGUCGGUCCAUGGUGCAUACGCCACCGGUCUGAUGGCUGCAGAGGACUGCAGGAUGCGCGUCUUGGAGAGGUAUGGCAUGUUGGAUCUUUUCCAGCCGGUGAUGGGCGAGGACAGCCCGGUUUCUGUCCCGUUGCUCAUCUCUCGUAUGUAAGAAGUGUGGUGUAGUGGUAGAUGUAUGGUGGUUGUUGCUUUGUGAACAGUUAUGGAAAUCAGAAGGUUUCCCAAUUGAGUGAUCGGAGCAGCAGUCCAUGUGUGUGUAAUAAUGGUUAGAAAGUGUGUAUAAUGUUGUAAAAGUGUAUAUGUUGAGUGGAUUUGUGACUAUUCUGCUA